ACCUACUAGGCCUGCUCUUAACUAUGCUGAAGCAUUUAUUAAAAGUGUCUGUGAAUUGUCUUUAUGAUAGCAAAACCCAUCCUUAUGCAUUUUGAUUCUAUUAGAUCCUUUGUUCCAUGCAUAAGAAAAUGGUAGCAGAUUAUUUAACUGUUUAUAUAGCAGAUUAAUUAGUUGAUCUUGUAUUUUCCAAGUCAGGAUUACUAUAGAAUGUCUCAUUUCUUUAACCUGAUGGACAAUGGUUAAGUUCCUCUCUCAACUGCUUUGUGUUCUUUCACUGGAAUCUUUGCAUUUGAAUUGGGUUAGCAGAUUCAUAGAUGUGUUAUAUUCCAAAAGUUCAUGACACGGAUACUGAUACUUAUUUCUUUAUGCAAAUUUGUUGUUUGAAAUAUUUGACAAUGUUGAACUGGUAAGUUAGAUGUUUAUUUGCAGAAAAUGUCCGAAACCAAUAUCGAGAAUCGAAAAAAGUUGAAGCAUCCAUACACUGCUGGCAAAACACCUUUUGCUCUAAUCAUCGAGGAAAAAAAGAAGGAAAUGGCUGAUACUUCGGAUUCCCUAUCAAGUAAGGACAUCUUUGUGGCUACAAUAAAAAAAAAACCUGGUCGAGUAUACAAAGGCUCUUAUGAGAAUACAAUUAGUAAAAUUACUAAAAUGGAGAGAAUACAAUCAACUCAAGAAAGUGGAGAUGGUAGUGAUUCAGUUGACGCGUUUGCAUCAGUCAUGGGACCUGAGCACCCAGGUCGGGUAAGAUUGUAUGGACGAGGAGUUAACAAGACUGUCUUAGAAAAGAAAAAAGGAGAUUUUGGAUCCUCUGUAAAUGCUACUGAUGAGAGAAUGCAACAACAAAUGGAGGAAAUGGAAGAGAGGAUGCAACAAAGAAUGCUGGAAAAGUUGAAUGCACAAAAGGAAGCUAUGGAACAAGAUAUUACGAUGAAAGUCGUUACACGACUUCAACGUCUCAACCCCGAUUUGAGACUUGAUCCUGACAUGCUAAUAUUCAUUGUUCGUGCACCUAGUGAAGCUUCUUCUACACAACAAGGUGCUAUUCAACAAAUCAAUCAUCCAUCCGCUGGCAGUAACAAUCAAGGAUAUUUAUGGUGGAGAAAGAGGGGUUGUUUGUGA